CGCAAGAGCAAUAACAUAACAAGCAUUUAUAUUUAGUUUUAUGAAAAAUAAAAACAACGUUGCUAAGACAACUCAAUAAUAAUAAUUACUAUAUUGACGUUCCAGACAUUGGGAUGUAAAAGUAUUAAUGGAUUUAUAUAUUUUAUAUUAACUUGUAAAUAACUGUGUAUAUUAAAUGUUGUGAUGUCUCCAAUUUACUUCGUUUUUAUUUAUCCAAAAUCGCACAUAGUAGGAAGAUAGAAAACCUUCCCUUACAACUGGUGACCUCAGGACGUGAUUAGUUUAACAGUGCGAAGAUUUUAUUUGGAUAAAAGAAAGGUUUGUGCAUUACCAUUAUUUUAUAAUUAUCUUUAUAUUAAACAUGGAGGAAAGCACAAACGAUAAUUUAAAUUCAUCAACUCAAGAUAAUGUGAAUUUAGAAGUAAACAAAGUGGCAGUUAAACCACCAAUUUUUUGGCGACAUAAACCUAAGUUAUGGUUCUUACAACUUGAAGCACAGUUUGCUAACGGCAAUAUUACUCGUGAUUUAACUAAGUAUAACAUUGUCGUUGCCUCAUUAGACGAAAAUGUCUUAGAUUUCGUAGAGGAUAUUUUGUUAAACCCGCCAAUGAAUGGAAAAUACGACGCCUUAAAAAAUGCAUUGUUAAGUAGAUUGACAGAUUCUGAAGAAGCCAGGUUAAAAAAGGUGUUGACUACACUUAAUCUUGGCGAUAAGCGUCCAUCUGACUUGUUGCGACAAAUGAAAGGUUUGGCUGAAAAUUCCAUUUCUGAGGAAUUGUUAAAAUCACUUUGGCUACAGAGGCUACCACAACAGGUUCAAGCUAUAUUAUCUAUUAGCUCUGAUUCUUUGGAUAAAAUGGCAGAGAUGGCAGACAAAAUUAUUGGUAUAUUUAGCUCAACAGAGUUAUGUACAGUUGAUAAAGUAUCCAGUAAAACUUUUGAGCAUAAUAACAUUAGUAACGAAAAAUUUAAUUCAUUGGAGAUUAGUAUUGCAGAAUUAACUAAGAAAUUUGAUACAUUCAUCACAAGGAGUAGACCUCAAGAUAAAUCUGUAACAGCUCGAGACCGUAGCCGUUCGAGAUCCCAAUCUUCUCGUUAUAAGUUAUGUUGGUACCAUUUUAAAUUUGGAAACAAGGCACAUCGCUGUGUUAAACCUUGCCAAUUUCAAAAACCAACAAAUACUUCGGAAAACUAA